AUGCUUGCAUCCCUAGUCCAUGGUCUCACUCUUCUCCUCCUCUUCAACUUUGUCGAUUCCGGAUGGGUCCUGACGAAGAUCAAGGAACGUAUGCGUGAAGUUCAGCUCCAAAACGCAAAGCAAAGUGUUUUGAUGCGCAUGGUCAGUGAUCUCAGUCAAGCUGAGCAUGUGGGGGAAGGAAAGAUCUAUCAGCCGUUGAAUCACUUUGACCGUCAGAACACAAAGACCUUCCCUCAGCGGUUCUUCAUCAAUGAGGCCUACUGGCAGCAUCCUCAAGGUCCAGUGUUCCUCUACAUAGGCGGGGAGGGAACCAUCUCGAUGUUCAGCAUCCUCGCAGGCCAUCAUGUUCACAUUGCCAAGGAGCACAAGGCUCUGCUAGUGGCGCUGGAGCAUCGUUUCUAUGGUGACAGCAUCAACCCUGAUGGCCUCAAAACUGAGAGCCUGGCAGACCUGAGCAGUCAACAGGCGCUCGCCGACUUGGCAGCAUUCCACCAAUAUAUCAGUGAGCGCUUCAACCUGACCUCGAAGAAUACCUGGAUCAGCUUUGGAGGCUCCUACUCCGGAGACCUGUCUGCCUGGUUCAGAGGAAAGUUCCCCCACCUGAUUUAUGGAGCCAUAGCCUCCUCUGCUCCUGUCAGGGCGAAGCUUGACUUCUCUACCUACAACAAGAUCAUUGCCUUGAGUCUGCAGAACGAAGAUGUUGGAGGCUCAGAUAAGUGUCUGGCUGGUGUGCGGGAGGCUUUUGCCACAGUGGAGGCAGCAAUGAUGGGGGGCAAUGCCAGCAAGGUGGCCAAGGCCUUUGGCUGCUGUCAGACCCCAGAGGAUCUAGACGAUCAGAUUGAACUGCUGGAGAACUUGGCAGACACUGUCAUGGGAUUGGUGCAGUACAACGAAGAAUGGGGAGUUAUGUCCAUUGGCGUGCUAUGCAACAUCAUGACCAAUGAAAGUGUAGUGCACAAGGAAGAGAUGGAGGCUUAUGACCGCUUUGUCAAAUAUGUACAGAUCAUCCGUUCUACACUUGAGCAGCCUUGUCUGGAUACUUCCCAUGUGCAGUCACUGAAGGAUCUGAUGGACACAUCCCCAAAGUCGGCCAGAAAGGGAGCGAGACAGUGGCUGUACCAGACCUGCACUGAAUUUGGCUUCUAUCAGACGUGUGAGGACUCUAGUUGUCCAUUCUCCAGGAUGGUGAAUCUGCAGGCCCAGAUCAAGCUCUGCCCAACACUGUUUAACAUAUCCAUAAACUCCCUGACUGCACGCAUUGCCUUCACUAACCAGUACUAUGGAGCAGACCACCCCAGGACACAUACCAGGGUGCUCUUUGUCAAUGGGGGGAUCGAUCCGUGGCAUAGGCUGUCAGUGCUUCAAAAUGGGAACGUGGAGGGGGACAAGGUCUAUGCCAUCUUCAUUAAGGACACGGCCCACUGUGCUGAUAUGAUGACUCCAAAAGCUGCAGACCGCCCCUCCCUCAAGAGGGCCAGGCAGGAGAUUGAGAGGCAUGUGGCCACAUGGCUGAGCAACGCUGCCAGGGAGAACAUAGAGAAAUGAAUGAGCUGACUAAAGCAUUUCAUUUUCACCUCCAUCAGCUUUUAUCAUUCCUCCCAGUUCCUA